AUGCUGCGACCACAGUUUGCACUCGUCCUCUCCACCACACUUCUCUCUGUUCCCGCUGCUGAGGGAGGCACCAUCGUCAUCGGGCUCUUGUGCAAUUUGUCUUUGCGAAGAAAGGUGUCGUCUAUCACGCCUCGAUCCAGCGGUCAUAUUCGCAACGAUGAUUCGGUGACGGGCCUUUGGUACCGCAUGAAUGAUACCACUCCGCGAACUUUCGAACCGACUUACACUAGAUCCCAUCACCUUUUGGCAUUAAAUCUUGAUGGAAAACCUCGCACCAUGCUGACGGACAACGGGCCGAUCUGA